AGGUUCAUGGUUAAUAUAGUACCCUACCACUGUUCGAGUUUUCCACCCGUCGACGCUGAGCUACAGUGCGUCAACGAAGCGAUUCUGAACCAGCAAUGGCAAACGUCCCGCCCCACAUGAUGCUGGAGCACGAGAUCAUUGAGGGCAAUCUCGAAGGCGUGAGACAGGCGCUCGCCGCCGGAGCUUCGCCAAACGGACAUGACGACGCGGUUAAGAAGCCAAUACACUAUGCGGCUGAGGUCGGCUCAAUCCAGAUCAUCGAAGUGUUGUGUGAAAAUGGGGUGGAUUUAAAUGUUCCUAAUGCAGAUGAUAAUGGGAGCACGGCGCCCCACUCCCCACGGGGAAAAAAAACCACGGGGCAUUGUCCAGGCUCCUCGUAAGGGGCCGAUGCCAGCGCCACGAACGGCUUGGGGCAAACGGCGCUCCACUUGGCAACUGUUGCUGACAAUAAGAAAAUCGUAGGUUUCUUCAUAGAAAAGGGAGUUGAUUUACAAGUUACCGAUGCAAACAACGAGGACGCGAUGCAAAUAGCGACCCGAACGGCAUCGAGGCAGAUCCUGGAGCUCCUGAAGCAGGGCGGGUGCCCCCUGGACUACGUGGCGGAGGACGGCUCGACGCUGCUGCACCUGGCGGCGAGAUGCGGCAACCUCGAGGCCGUCAAGUGGCUCGUCCGGAAUGGCGCCGACGCCGAGGCCACGGAUCGGCAGGGGCUGGCGGCGGCGGCGGCGGCGGAGGGGGAAGGCCAGACGCACGUGGUCGAGUGGCUCGCGGACCAGAGGUCACCGAAGAAGGCGAAGCUUCCUAAAGCGUGUGACUUCAUCGAAGAGCUGAGGAAGCUGAACCAAGAGGGAAAGGACUUCAAUGCUCUGUACACCGAAGGCUAUGGCCAAGGUUUUUGUCCCCUGCACCUAGCAGCCGAGGCGGGAUACGAGACUGUGGUGGACUACCUGAUCCAUGAGAGAGCUGACGUCAACGUAAAAUGCAGCAACGGAAUGACGGCCCUCCAUCUAGCGUCGUGGGGAGGUCACGCGAAGGUCGUGGAAAAGCUGAUAUAUGCCGGGUGUGAUGUCACCGCACUUGACGAUGAAGGGAACGCGGCCUUCCACUUGGCCAGCAUCGGGGGCCACAUCCACACCCUGCAACUGCUCUACCCGCUAACCGACCCCGAGCUUCCGACGCCCGACGGGAAAACCGCCCUCCACCUGGCGGCCGAGCACGGGAACCUGAAGGCCGUGCGCUGGCUCCUCGGCAAAGGCCUCGACCCGAACAAGCUCGACCACUCGGACCGCACGCCGGACGCCUACGCCCGCGAGGAGAAGAACACGAAGAUCCACGAGUACCUCCUUCACUGGAAGCAGUACAUGAAGGAGAAGUCGACGAUACACCGAUACCAGAGAGAAAACCAAGAUCUUCGACGAAUACAUUUUCAAAUGCGAGAAGAACUUCAGACACUAGAAAAUGAAGUCAAAGAGAUGAAAAUCGAGAAUGAGAAGUUGAAGAAGGAAAAUGAAGUAUUAUCAGCUCUCCUGAAGUCGAAAGGAGGCGCUGUGGCCGAGCAGACGGAGGAGCAAUAAGAAUGAACAGUAUAAUGCCUCUUUUACAUCAACACCUGAUUUUUUAGAAUACAUUUUCAUUCUUAUAUUUCUUGAAUAUUCUGAUGAUGUCACAAUUUUUUAAUUUGGGUUUGUCUUAUAUAAAUAAAGAGUACUGUAGAUUUC